AUGCUACAGCCAAUACGAUGCUACAGCCAAUACGAUGCUAUAGCCAAUGUAACAGCUGCUGAACACUCUGUUGAUCCAUGUGACACUGCUAUUACAGACGAUGCUACAGCCAAUGUAACAGCUGCUGAACACUCUGUUGAUCCAUGUGACACUGCUAUUACAGACGAUGCUACAGCCAAUGUAACAGCUGCUGAACACUCUGUUGAUCCAUGUGACACUGCUAUUACAGACGAUGCUACAGCCAAUGUAACAGCUGCUGAACACUCUGUUGAUCCAUGUGACACUGCUAUUACAGACGAUGCUACAGCCAAUGUAACAGCUGCUGAACACUCUGUUGAUCCAUGUGACACUGCUAUUACAGACGAUGCUACAGCCAAUGUAACAGCUGCUGAACACUCUGUUGAUCCAUGUGACACUGCUAUUACAGACGAUGCUACAGCCAAUGUAACAGCUGCUGAACACUCUGUUGAUCCAUGUGACACUGCUAUUACAGACGAUGCUACAGCCAAUGUAACAGCUGCUGAACACUCUGUUGAUCCAUGUGACACUGCUAUUACAGACGAUGCUACAGCCAAUGUAACAGCUGCUGAACACUCUGUUGAUCCAUGUGACACUGCUAUUACAGACGAUGCUACAGCCAAUGUAACAGCUGCUGAACACUCUGUUGAUCCAUGUGACACUGCUAUUACAGACGAUGCUACAGCCAAUGUAACAGCUGCUGAACACUCUGUUGAUCCAUGUGACACUGCUAUUACAGACGAUGCUACAGCCAAUGUAACAGCUGCUGAACACUCUGUUGAUCCAUGUGACACUGCUAUUACAGACGAUGCUACAGCCAAUGUAACAGCUGCUGAACACUCUGUUGAUCCAUGUGACACUGCUAUUACAGACGAUGCUACAGCCAAUGUAACAGCUGCUGAACACUCUGUUGAUCCAUGUGACACUGCUAUUACAGACGAUGCUACAGCCAAUGUAACAGCUGCUGAACACUCUGUUGAUCCAUGUGACACUGCUAUUACAGACGAUGCUACAGCCAAUGUAACAGCUGCUGAACACUCUGUUGAUCCAUGUGACACUGCUAUUACAGACGAUGCUACAGCCAAUGUAACAGCUGCUGAACACUCUGUUGAUCCAUGUGACACUGCUAUUACAGACGAUGCUACAGCCAAUGUAACAGCUGCUGAACACUCUGUUGAUCCAUGUGACACUGCUAUUACAGACGAUGCUACAGCCAAUGUAACAGCUGCUGAACACUCUGUUGAUCCAUGUGACACUGCUAUUACAGACGAUGCUACUAAUGCUACCCACUUAACCUCCUCCAUAAAUCAAUUUUCUAAUUUAGCUACCACGGAAAACGGUGUUCCAGUAAUGGAACAGGAGUCGCCUAGCGCUGCAUUACAGGAAGACAGCACUGCUCCUCAUAUCCGCUCUCUCAUCGAACUUUGUGAUAUAGACAGUAAUAUCUUAGACUCCACUGAGAGAUUAGAAGUACAUGAUGAAGUAGCAGACCUGUCGCAGUCCCUUAAUACUACAGUUAUUGAAGAAGCUGUAGGGCUGCCAGACCACGUGACUGAAGUCUUGUCGGAGCCAGACAACAGCAGACAACCUGAGGAGCAUCCUCCUGUUUCCAGCACUAUGGAGGAUGGGACUGAGCCACCUGUCAGGAAACGCAGAGGGACUGUACGCGUCAACAGUAUUCGUGGACACAAGGUAACACGGAAGCUGAGUAUAAACCCCGGGGAUGCGAUAAUAUCCACCACACAGAGAGACUUCGUGCAGCUCGGCGGUCACUUAGGACAUUUCCACAUAGCUGGACCAGGUGCUCUGUGGAAACAGCAAGCUAAAGACGGGGAGAUAGAGGCUAAAGUGCUGAAGGAACUGAACGAGAGCUCACUGCACGCUUAUGUUCCUGACUUCCUGGGAACCAAGGAACAUGACGGCAAGAGGUGGAUAGGGAUGGAGGACGUGAUGUGUCAUUUCACAGACGGGUGUGGUAUGGACAUAAAGAUGGGGACUAGGACUUUCAAAGAGUUUGAAGUAAAGAACCAGAAGCUACGGGAGGAUUUGUAUGACAAGAUGGUAAAACAGGAUCCCUCCGAGCCCACCGAACAGGAGAACAUCGACAAAGCUGUUACCAAACUACGCUAUAUGACAUUCCGGGAAAGAGAAAGCUCAUCACAAACGCUCGGUUUUAGAGUUGAAGCAAUGAAAAUCUGGGGUCAGGGGACGAACAAGGACUUCAAAACACUCAAGUAUAAAGAUCAGGUCGAUUCCUGCCAUGCGUAA